UUUCUGGUUUGUUUCCCCAAACAUGAGGAGUUCAUAUAUGGGAAAGUCUAAAAGAGGAAUAAGCCACGGUACAAAAUUUAUUAAGAAGAAGCUGAAGGUGUCAUAUCCGCCUCUUGCUUUCCGGAAGAAACCAUGGGAUAUUUGGUAUGAUUUGACUGUGGCAUAUUAUGGAUAUCACAGAUUAUCCUUACCUUCACUACGACCCUAUAUUGGUCAUUCAACACCUCACUCCAAAGGCACCGCAAUCCCCAGUAUGUAUGGCAGUUGCAGCAGCUUGCUAAUUAGUACCCACCAAAGGAAGGGCAUGCUGGGCAUGGAAGAAGCAAGAUAUUAGAGAUGGGACACCAAGGAGAGGAAGGCAGGUCUCCAGAAUAAAAAAAGACAGUUCCAAGAGGAAGGAAAGAAGGAAAGUCUGCGGCUUUGGCAGUAUGGAGAUGUUAAAUCUGACGAGGAGCAGGUUUCAGGUGCAAGAAAAGCGGGAGGCCGUCGGUAGAUGAGAGCAGAUUACGCAAGACAGUGUUCAUAGUGUACUGAAAAUGGUCAUGAUUACCUGUGACGUUUUGGACGCUCCCAGUAGAACUCAGCCGAAACUAUAUGAAGUGACAGGGCUACAUUUAUGCAGUUAGAACAAGCCAAUGCUGAACGUUCUUAGUUUGAGCAGUAUUUGCUACUUCAUUCAGUUAUUACAUCUUUAGAGUGGAGAGCUAAACUACAUUCUUUCGCCCUUACGAUUAACAAGGUUGUUUCUCUGUGCACUAUAUUUUGUUGUUAUGAGGCAUUCAAA